GCGCGGCCGCCGCCACCGCCGCCUCCGCCGCCGGACCUGCAUCCGCUCGCUCGGCGCGCCUGCACGGGGGAGUCCGCGUCCCCGCACUUGCUGAAAAACCUCAACCUCACCAGAAGAUUGGAGAGUGCUGGCAGCUUAGUGAGUCACAGGGCUUCUACUGUUGCUGAGGAGAGUUGGCCACCACCCAGCAGAGUUUGAAUCCUACCUGCUUUAAGAAAGGAAUUUUUCACGUCAUACCCAACUGAUAGGAUGAAAAAGUUUAAGAGGAGACUGUCCCUCACGCUCAGGGGAAGCCAGACCAUCGAUGAGUCGCUGUCGGAACUGGCUGAGCAAAUGACAGUGGAGGACAGCAGCAGCAAAGACAACGAGCCUAUUGUGAAGAAUGGCAGGCCUCCGACGUCUCACAGCAUGCAUUCCUUCCUUCAUCAGUACACAGGGUCUUUCAAGAAGCCCCCAUUGCGAAGACCCCACAGUGUUAUUGGAGGAAGCCUUGGUUCCUUCAUGGCCAUGCCAAGAAACGGAAGCAGAUUAGACAUUGUUCAUGAAAAUCUGAAAAUGGGAUCAGAUGGUGAGAGUGACCAAGCUUCUGGGACGUCAUCAGAUGAAGUCCAGUCACCUACAGGUGUUUGCCUCAGAAAUCGUAUACACAGACGGAUCUCAAUGGAGGACUUGAAUAAGCGGCUGUCCCUGCCUGCAGACAUCAGGAUACCUGAUGGGUACCUGGAGAAGCUGCAGAUUAGCAGCCCACCCUUCGACCAGCCCAUGAGCCGCAGGUCCCGGAGAGCCUCCUUAUCAGAAAUUGGGUUUGGAAAAAUGGAAACCUACAUCAAAUUGGAAAAGCUUGGGGAGGGUACGUAUGCAACAGUAUAUAAAGGAAGAAGUAAGUUGACAGAGAAUCUGGUGGCAUUAAAGGAGAUCCGCCUGGAACACGAAGAAGGUGCACCCUGUACAGCUAUACGAGAAGUCUCACUGUUAAAGGAUUUAAAACAUGCAAAUAUAGUAACCUUGCAUGACAUUGUUCACACAGAUAAGUCUUUGACUCUGGUCUUUGAGUAUCUGGACAAAGACCUGAAACAAUACAUGGACGACUGUGGAAACAUCAUGAGUAUGCACAAUGUAAAGCUGUUCCUGUACCAAAUUCUCCGUGGUUUGGCAUAUUGCCAUAGAAGAAAGGUGUUGCAUCGGGACCUGAAACCACAAAACCUCCUCAUUAAUGAAAGAGGAGAACUCAAGCUGGCUGACUUUGGACUAGCUAGAGCCAAGUCAGUUCCCACAAAGACCUACUCAAAUGAAGUUGUCACACUGUGGUAUCGGCCACCUGAUGUGCUUCUUGGUUCUUCAGAGUACUCAACACAGAUUGACAUGUGGGGAGUUGGCUGUAUUUUCUUUGAAAUGGCCUCUGGAAGACCACUGUUUCCAGGGUCAACUGUGGAAGAUGAACUGCACUUAAUAUUUCGACUACUAGGAACUCCAUCUCAGGAAACUUGGCCAGGUGUUUCUUCAAAUGAUGAAUUCAAGAACUACAACUUCCCAAAAUAUAAACCACAACCUCUAAUUAACCACGCACCCAGGUUAGACUCUGAAGGAAUUGAAUUGAUAACAAAAUUUCUUCAGUAUGAGUCUAAGAAAAGAGUUCCAGCAGAAGAGGCCAUGAAACAUGUGUACUUCAGAAGUCUAGGACCAAGAAUACAUGCUUUGCCAGAAAGUGUAUCAAUAUUCAGUUUGAAAGAGAUUCAGUUGCAAAAGGACCCGGGUUUUCGAAAUUCUUCCUAUCCAGAGACAGGUGUGUUUGUCAUAAACCAUUUCACGUGUCGAUCAUGAAUUUUUGCGUGGAACCAAGCUUUGGGUUUAUAAAUUGAUCAGUAAAACCAUUGAUGUAAAAACCAGUGUACAGUGCAUCCCACAACUCUGUAUGUUUAGAAUUGCACAUUCUUACUGUUCUGUAUGAUGUGGGCAGCUCAGUAACUCUUCAGAGAGACAGUGACUCAGUCAAGUCAGGGAUCCUGAAAGCUCCAGAUGGCACAAAGACCUUUUACAAGUGACCUGCCUUGAUCACUGCACACGCCAUCCCUGGUACCUGAGGCAGAAGACACAUCUUGUGCUUGCCUGGUCAUCAGGUUCAUCACUUCGAAGCCUAGAAGCUCUAGACUGACCUGUCAACAGAGGGGUCAUUUAAGACAGUGCUGGCCACUCUUACCUGGAAUAUUAGCGUUUGCUGGUGGGAACGUUAGCUUCCUAGAGUCACCAAAUACUGUAUGUGGGAUAAACGCUGAGCCUUGAACUGCCUCAUAAGAUGACUUUAUAUUUUAGGACACGGGAAGAACAGAAGACAGAGCAUGCUCUUUUAAGUCUGGUAGCAUGGUUUCAAGCCCAGCCCCAGCCUUUCUUAGCAGUCAUGGACUCAGAGCUGACUUAUUUCUUGUGCUGGACUUGGAAUCCCGUCUGUCUACACUGUCCUCUUCACAGUGGAGUCUUUCAUUUCAGACCUACAGAUUGUUUUUAUAUUAGUUGUCACAGUGUGACAAUUGUUUUUGUACAGUUGGUUUUAAGGUCUUCUCUGCCAGUAGAGCCAGUAGGUUACAGCUAUCUGUGUAACUGUAGCUGCAGAUUUGUGCAGGACUGAGAAACACAGUGCAUUAUUUAUUGCGGAAUUAUUGCUGCUAAAUAACUACUGUUUAUUUAACACAACAGUUGAAUGCCUGAAGAAGUUGCAGUGGCUUUAUUAUAUGUGAACGCAUCUGUUUCUCCUCACAAAUUGUUUUACUGCUGCAUUUUAUUUUUUGUUCGUUCGUUUUUAAAAACUAAACUGCAGUGUUUCCUGGAAUGUAUAUUUAGCUUUGCUUAACAGUAAAAACGUGAGCCAUCUUGAACAUGCUUAAGUUCGUGCUACAUAUAAUUCUGUAGGAACAUUGGCCAAUAGAGUAGCUGAGAGGUUGACAGCACAGUGUGUUUAAGAAGCGUGCAGGGUGAGAGUUGAUUCAAGCAAGUGAAUAUCAGAUAUUUUUGGAUUCUCACAUUAGACACCAAUAAAUUAAGAACCAAGUUAUUUAUUUUUACCUACUCCUCGUUUUAGAACUGUCUACUGCAUAUUGGUAUGCUCCUCCCCUUAAUGAACUCUUUUACACUGUGCUUUUAGUUAACUUGUAACCAUAAUGCCAUUCAAACAGGAAAGGUCUUGCUGCUGUUUGUCGUAAGCACAUUCCCUUUAUUAGAAGAUACUUCAUUUUGAGGAACAGUUUCUUUCAUUCAGGGGCUGUGUGUGUUUCAGUAACAUUCACUUGGAAUCAGCUGAAGGCUGUACUAUGUCUUUAAAAAGAGCCAUGAGACAUGAGAAACAGGAACCCAGCGGAGUGCUCCAAAGCAUUGUGGGUAUUAUCUGCUCAUCAGACACUAACUAGUGUGACUUGAAUUAUGCAUCUCCUUGACCAUCACAGACACUUCGGUGUUGGUAACAGUGUUUCAGGCAUUUGUGUUCAUUUUUAAGGACUAUUGGUUAGUGCAUCCUAUAACUAGAAAUCUUAAUUGGUAUAUUUUGAAAUGGUCAUGUACAUUUUUGCCUUCUAUCAUGAAAAUAGUUAUAACUUAAUUUUUGUCCUGCCAUUCACUGUAAACAUUCAGGGUCCUCUCAUUUCUGUUCAGGAAAUCCUGUAGUUUAUUGUUUUAUUUAACAGUAUUAAGUGAGUUUUUGUAUAUUUCAUUUUAACUUUAUUUGUGAAUAGUGAUUGUGGCAUGUUUGGGAUGUUAUUUUAAUAUUUCAUGAUACUGAAAUUUUAAUUUUUUAAAAAAAAAGUUCUGGAAGAAACAGAUUCAUGUAUAAUGGUGAAUAUUGGACCACUACUGCUUUCCACAUUUGUCAACUGGUUUAAUGUUAAACCCUGUAGCCUAACUGCUGUUAUUUCUAACUGACAGACAUAUGUAUUAAUAUUGUACUUUGAAGGUUAUAAAUAUUAUGUGAAAAUUCCUUCAUUUUGUUUUGAAAUUUAUAAUAACUAAAUCUCUGUGUAAAAAAAAUGUGA